AUAUGUGUCCUUUCACCCUUCAAUUUUUUUUUUUUGCUUAUUAGGUUGGUGAGACUCAGUACUUAACUUAGCUUAAACAGAAUUUAAUUUCUGAAUUGAGAAUUUAGUUAUGAUCUUCUAAUUUAAUGCGACUAUCAUCUUCAUUGCAUUGAAAUACUCAAUUCACAAUUGUGUUCUCUUAUUUCUUAUAAAAUUCCAAAUUCAAGUCAACUCAUUGGUGGUUUUCAAUCUUAAAUUUGUCCAUUUGUGUCCACUUGUAAUGAGUAUUUGAGAUUUUUUUUAUUUAAGUGGCCAUUUUUUUUCAUAGCUUGAUUAAUUUCAGAGUUAAAGCUAAGAGGAGCAAGAACAAGUUGAUUAAAAGUUGAUGAGUAUGGAAGAAAUGAAGGAGAUUGAGGAGAAUGUUACUGAAGAAGAAUUAAGAAAUUCAAGAAUUACUCCAUGGUUUAAACAGAUUACAAUUAGGGGAAUUAUAGCAAGUAUUAUAAUUGGUAUAAUUUACAGUGUGAUUGUGAUGAAGCUGAAUCUAACCACAGGGUUAGUGCCUAAUCUGAAUGUUUCAGCUGCACUAAUAGCUUUUGUUUUCAUAAGAACAUGGACUAAGCUUCUUCAUAAGGCUGGAUUUGUAACCAAACCCUUCACUCCACAAGAGAAUACUAUUAUUCAGACUUGUUCUGUUGCCUGUUACAGUAUUUCAGUUGGAGGUGGUUUUGGGUCUUAUCUGUUGGGUUUGAACAGAAAGACGUAUGAACAAGCCGGUAUUGGUACGCCCGGGAAUGGUCCCGGGACUGUAAAGGAACCCGGGUUUGCUUGGAUGACUGCUUUUCUGUUUGUUAGCAGCUUUGUUGGGUUGCUCGCAUUGGUUCCUCUUCGGAAGAUCAUGAUAAUCGACUACAAGUUAACUUAUCCGAGUGGAACUGCUACUGCCGUUCUCAUUAAUGGUUUUCACACUCCUAAAGGAGAUCAGCUUGCUAGGAAGCAGGUUCAUGGUUUCAUAAAGUUCUUUUCGAUGAGCUUCUUAUGGGCUUUCUUUCAGUGGUUCUACACUGGUGUAGAGAAAUGCGGAUUUGUCCAAUUUCCGACAUUUGGUUUGAAAGCUUGGCAAAACUCAUUUUACUUCGAUUUCAGUGCGACUUACAUUGGAGCAGGAAUGAUCUGCUCCCAUAUUGUGAAUUUGUCUUUGCUUCUUGGAGCGGUAGUUUCUUGGGGAAUAAUGUGGCCACUCAUCGGUGAUCGGAAAGGAGAUUGGUUUCUUGCCACUUUACCUCAAAGCAGUAUGAAGAGUCUAAACGGUUACAAGGUUUUUAUUUCGAUUUCUCUCAUAUUAGGCGAUGGCCUCUAUAAUUUUCUCAAGAUAAUAUUUAUCACUGCCAAUAACAUCCGCGCAGCUGCAAAGAAUAACAAACUCAAAUUGCCUUCAGAAGAGCAGAAUAAAGUUGCUGAUGAUCUUGGAAGAAAUGAAGUGUUCAUGAGAGAGACGAUACCGGUUUGGGUAGCGUUUUUAGGGUACAUAAUAUUCUCCAUCAUCUCCAUCAUUGUGAUCCCGCUCAUGUUUCCGGAGCUAAAAUGGUACUUUGUAGUGGUAGCCUAUAUUCUUGCACCAUCUCUUAGCUUCUGCAACGCUUAUGGUGCCGGUCUAACUGAUAUGAACAUGGCGUAUAAUUACGGAAAGGUGGCUCUCUUCGUACUUGCAGCCGUUGCCGGACAAAAUAACGGUGUGGUUGCCGGGCUUGUGGGUUGUGGUUUGAUUAAAUCUAUUGUUUCCAUAUCUUCUGAUUUGAUGCACGAUUUCAAGACGGGUCAUCUGACUCUAACUUCCCCGCGAUCCAUGCUUGUUAGUCAAGCCAUUGGGACCGCAAUAGGCUGUGUGGUGGCUCCAUUGACCUUCCUUCUCUUCUAUAAGGCAUUUGAUGUGGGGAACCCCGACGGAGAGUAUAAAGCUCCGUAUGCCAUCGUCUACCGAAACAUGGCGAUUCUCGGUGUCGAAGGCUUCUCGGCCCUUCCUGGGCAUUGUCUGCAGCUCUGUUACGGGUUUUUCGCGUUCGCUAUAUUGGCAAAUUUGGUGAGAGAUAAAUCACCUAAGCAUAUCGGCAAAUGGAUCCCUCUUCCUAUGGCUAUGGCCGUGCCGUUCCUCGUCGGAGCGUACUUUGCGAUCGACAUGUGCGUCGGAAGCUUAGUUGUGUUCAUUUGGCACAAAGUAAACAGCAGAAAAGCAAAUCUGAUGAUUCCUGCAGUAGCCUCUGGCUUGAUAUGUGGUGAUGGGCUAUGGAUUCUUCCCUCAUCUCUCCUUGCUUUGGCUAAAAUUCGUCCACCAAUGUGCAUGAAUUUCUUGGCAACAAAAUGAUAACUUCUUGGAUGAAAUAGUUCACCAUAUAAUCAUUUAUUUAUUGCGUGAUAUUUAUAUCAUUAAAUGAAAUUAACAAAUCAAUAAGAUUUAUUGAUUAGUUUUUAGAUUUAAUAAUAUUAAUAUCACAUAACAAAUGAAUGGUUGAUAAUUUUUGGUGAACUAAAUUCAUUGAAGUAUUUUCUGACAAACUAGAGUUUUUGAUUCUUGUCUGUAGUUAGUGAUAGAAUAAAAAAUGUUGACCCCAAGCAAAUAUGUAAAUGAGAAAAAUAUAGAAAUUAAUAGAAUGGUUUUCAUUUUAAGGAAUAGAUUCAUAAUGUUCAAUAUUUAUUUUAUGCAACCGAUGAGACAAACUCUAAAUCCCUAAAUUUCUUAUAACCUGUCGCACUAAAUCACGAGUUCAAGAGGUUAGGACGUGGUGUUGACUCUAUUUCAGGAAGCGGCCUCAGCAUAAGGAUACAUGCCAGAAACAAGGCUAAAAGAAAAGAGAGAGUUCCAAAUGGUGCCACAAAUCCUAGGCCCUCUGAUGAAUUGUUGAGAGAAUUCAACGAGUCCGCUAAGAAAUCAACAACUUCAAAGAACAAGCGUACGAUAUAUACUGUGCCUGAACCUCAACUUGCUCAUCAUGAACAAGCGUACGACAUAUACUUCGUGUUCUGUAGUCUAUGGUUUUAAGUUCUUGGUGUGUUUAGCAGUCAUUCUUGUAAUCUUCACACUGGACUGUCAUAUAUUUGUUGCCAUUUCUCUUUGGUUAAUAUUCAUUUUUCUUGUUUUA